AUGGUCGCAAAUACGCUGGACUGCCCCCCUGUGCUGGCGCAUUAUUUCCGCUUUGUCGCAACGACCGUGGGCCGUGACAAGCUUCUACGUACGGCGCAGUACUUCUCACAGUUCUACAUCUGGCACCUAUACCGCAGAAAUUACCGACAGUCGGUGAUCGACCCUUACAGUGCCGUCCGGAAGCAACUCGGUACCACGCGCAAGAUCCUACGUCUCGGCAACUUCUUAGGAAAUCUCCAGACCCUUACCCGUGUCAUGAGCAAGACGAACUCUAGUGAACCGGUGCUAAAAUACUUGGCUAUCGGGGGUCAACUCGGCUUUGGGGGAUACCUGUUCUUCGACAACAUCACGGCAAUCAAGGCGAUCGGGAUCCACAAGUUGCCGUCAGCUGAGCGCCUAGAUGUUCUAGCGGAUCAAUUCUGGGCUGCUGGUUUAAUUUGCAGCAUCAUGACGUGCCUCUACACCUUGUUGCACUCGCAGCGAGGGAAGAGAACGAAGCGCGAAGACGGCGAACGAGAUUGGGAUGAUAAGACACGUGCCAAGAAGCGAUCGGCUGCCUGGAUUCAGCUCAUCUCGGACCUGUGCGACUUGACCGUCCCGGGAAAGACUUUGGGUUGUCCUGCGCUCGACGACGGCGUUGUUGGCAUGGCCGGUACCAUGAGUAGUUUGAUAGGGGUCUGGAGCCAAUGGAAAGAGACUGCGUAG